GAGAGGAUUAGUCAUCAUUAAAGCGCGCGCCCCUGCCAUCGGAUUGUAGCAACCGUACCUGUGCAUCGACUUUUGGGAUAGAGAAUACAAUUCCUACGAGUUGUAUAUUAUUCAUCAAUUAAGGGCAACAGAGAGAUCCCGAGGACUCGUCUCACUCCGGCCGCCAUCCGAGCGGGCAUCGUUGUUCCACACGUCACGCCAGCAUGCCAUCGGACUUGGCAUCGUACCUUGCCGACCAUUAUCUCACAGCCGACCCGAAGCCCUCAAAGAAGCGCAAGAGAAAGCAUGGCGACAGCAAGAAGAUUAAGGAAGGCGCCGGCCUCUUAAUCCAGGACGACGAUGACGAUGCAGCCUGGACCAAACCCUCGAGCCGUGACGCCGACGCCGACGAGCUGAGCGCCGCAGCGACGAUAGCAGGGACAUCGGCCGAGUUCAGAAGGGCCACCAAGUCGAGCUGGAAGACGCUCGGCGGUGGCGGGAGCAGCAAGACCAACACAGACCAUGAGGCCGCCGCAGCAGAUGCUAUCCUAGCGUCGGCGGCCGCAGAAAGCGCGGCCGCCCGGGAUGCCGAGGACGAUGCGCCGGUCGUGGAGGGUGCCUCAGUGGCAGCCGUCAAGAUGAGCGACGGCACGCACGCAGGGCUCCAGACCGCCGCGACGGUGGCGGCGCAGCUGCAGAGGAGGCGGGCCGAGGAGAAGGCUCAGUACGAGCGGGAGCGGGCGGAGCGGCGGGCUGCGCGCGGCGGCGGCGGCGACAGCAGCGGGGAGGAGGAGACGGUUUUCCGAGACGCCACGGGCCGGCGGAUAGACGUCACGCUGCAGCGGGAACAAAAGAGAAAAGCAGAGGCCGAGAAGCAGCGGGCGGCCAAGGAGGCGCUCAAGGGAGAGGUUCAGAUCGAAGAGGCGCGCAGGCGCCGCGAGAAGCUCGAGGACGCGGCGCUCAUGCCUCUGGCCAGAGGCAAGGACGACGAGGAGAUGAACAAUGCCAUGAAGUCCGAGCAGAGGUGGAACGAUCCCAUGAUGCAGUUCAUGAGUGAAAACGACAAGAGGGAGGCUGGAGGCACAGCAAAGACUGGAGGCAGGCGAGUCAAGGGCAGGCCGGUUUACAAAGGACCUGCGGCUCCCAACAGAUAUGGGAUACGGCCAGGCUACCGCUGGGACGGCGUCGACCGUGGCAUUGGUUUCGAGGCUGAACGGUUCAAAGCAUUGAACCGGCGUGAACGAACCAAGGAUCUCGAAUACAAUUGGCAAAUGGAUGAAUGAGUAAUAUAUAUAUAUACCUUUGUUUGCUGAUAAACGACUAAACUGCUCGCUGCCUCUAAAUAUCACUUGGUUCAAAGAAGGAUCGCCUUCGGGAUGGUUUCCGCUUUUGUACACAAUUGCGCUAUGAUAAUCAAUCACAAGAAUCCAGAAACUGACCACUGUUCCCGG